UAAAUAAAGUACAUUUUGAUUUGGAAAUUUAUAGUCAAAUUUUAUGAAAAUUUUAAAUCAUUGAUUAAAUAAAAAAAAUUGAAAACAAUUCAUAAUUGACGUUGAUGAUGCCAUGUUAUUGCACUCUGCCACCGAAGAUGUUAAAAAAACUAAUUAUUUGACUCUCACGUCAUAAUCAUUCCAAGUAUCAUCAUCAUCAUAUAUAAUUUACUGUAGAGAAGGGAAAAGAAAAGAAAAUUAUGGGGGUAGAAUUCAUUACCACCGAUUAUCAACACGGUCUAAGCAUUGUCUAUAAAUUUGGCCAACAUUUGCCAUAUUCACUAAGAUUAUCAAUUUGGCUUUCGUAUUGCCAACACACACGACAUAUUCAUUCGGAAUGAUUACCAACAACAAUGAAACAACAAUUACUUUGGCUAGAUGUCUAAAAGAUGGUGGCAUAGAAGCUGGAAAAGAUAUUGCUUCAAUUUUCUAUUUGAUGCCUAUCCAUGAUACGAUCAAAGAUGAUAUUUAUGAUGUAACAAACUAUGAAGUCAAACUUAUUCCGGUGAUCGCUUUAAUGGUGACGAUCGAACAAAUUAUUCGUAUUAUUAUGCGUAAACAAUUGUCACGUUUUGAAGAUUGUUUCAUCAAUAUUGCUUCGUCACUUGUCUUCACAUUGACCAGAGUGGUGAUGUUCACCAUAGUAUUGCGAAUUUACUCUUGGUUAUAUACAAAUUAUGCUUUGGUGCAUCUUCCAUUGCAUAGUGCGAGCACAUGGAUCAUAUCAUUAUUGUUGGUUGAAUUCGUUUAUUAUUGGACUCAUCGUGCAUUACAUGAAUUCAAUUUUCUUUGGGCCGCACAUCAAUUCCAUCAUAUGGCCGAAGAUGUUAAUAUUUCAACCACGAUUCGAGAUUCAGUCGUUGAUUUGGUCAUCUAUGAUAUCUUCCCAAUACCGUUGGCUCUAUUCAUUCAUCCACAGAUUUUGUUUGUACAUCUGCAAUUUUCUUUGAUCUAUCAGAUAUGGCUCCAUAAUGAAGUUGUUGGCCAUCUAGGUCCGUUAGAAUAUCUGAUCAAUACACCAAGACAACAUCGUGUCCAUCACGGAAAAAAUCCUUAUUGUAUUGAUAAAAACUACGGUGCAUUAUUGAUGAUCUGGGAUCGAAUCUUUGGCACCUAUCAAGUCGAGCUAGAUGAAGAGAAGAUUGUAUUUGGUACGGUCAGUCCAACUCCAAAAACAUUCGACAUGAUGACAUUAAUGUUCGGCUAUUAUAAAAACGUUUGGCAACGAUUUAAAAAUUGCGAUAAUUACCGCGAAAAGAUGGCAUCAUUAUUUUAUGGACCCGGUUGGUCGCCAGGUAAACCCCGCCUUGGCCUUAUUGAAGAGAUACCCGAAGUUGAUCAUAAAGCACCUCGAUACAUUUAUACACCAUAUGUGGCUAUUUGGAAAAAGGCUUACAUUCUUUUCCAUUCGGUAGCCAUCUUGAUUGGAUUCUAUAUGAUUGCUGAUCAUCCUUUGAUUAAAUUCGAUCCAUGGAAAAUGACGUUUUGUAUGACUUAUUUGCUGUUGGCAAUCACAUCAUUCGGUGCACUAUUCGACAAUAGAUCUUAUCUGAUCAUAUUGGAAAUAUUUCGUUGUAUUGUCUAUUUUGUAUUCGACCAAUACGUAUUACAAUCAACACAAUGGCCAGUGCAUCAGAGUACAUCGGUUCUUAUUCACUUAUCAUUAUGGACUAUUCGUUUGGGACAUUUAUUAUCGAUAAUGUUCUGGAUUUGUAUGUGGAUUAUUAAUCUUUUCACCACUAACACAAUUGAUGACAAACAUAAAUCACCGAAAAUGACAAGUUCCAAUGAAAAGAUUAUUUAUGAUUCGAAUGAAGGACAAAGUCAAACAUCAACAGAUUCCGAUGAAACAUUACAUCAGGAUUCUACAUAUCCUGUUCGAUUGAAAGCCAGUACAUUCUUCAUUCUAAUGGCAAUGAUGGUUUUCGUUUUUGUACCGUUAACGAUGUCCUAUUUGUUUGUCGUUCCAUCAUGCUCACGUUACUACGAAACAUAUUUUUUCGAUAGAUACUUAUCAUUUGCUCAGAAUAUCACUAAAAUGGCCAAUUAUUCUACAUUGAUGAUUGGCGGCAAUUAGUGAUGAUGAAUUUUUCUAAUUUUUCCCAUUUGAAUUGGCCAUCAACAGAUGGCAUGAUUGCGAUUGCAUUCAAAAAAUCUCUCUAUUAUUACAAAUCCGGUAUUUUUUGUAUGAAGUUUUUUCCAAUAUAAAUCAAAUAAUAAACCUAUUAAAUUCGAAUAAAAAAACGUAGAUUUCUGAAAUUCACACCGAAAAUCAUACGAUUAAAUCAUUGA